UGCGGUGAAAGUAGAUUUCUUCAGCAUUUCAUACAGGCAGCUGGAGAAACAGGUUGCCGAUGAUGUGAACGUAGCGAUGGAGCGUGUCUGUGGUACUCUGGAGCAGGAGAGCUCCAGACUGACGCAGACAAUGGGAGAGACCAUCUUUGAGCUCUUCAUGUCCUUGAAAAUCCUCAAAGGCUUUCGGGAGUUUCUGCCUCUCAAGGAUGCUAAAAUGUUGGCCUUGACUGGCUUUCAUAACUGGUUCAAGUCCUCCAUUCAUAAGUGGCUGCAGAUCGUCCAUGACCGAUCUUGUGACAGAAUUCGUAAAGCAGUGGAAAUGGACAAG